GCGGGUGUAAAACACACACUUAUAGGCCUACGCAUAUCCAAACCCGUCUCUAGACUUCAUUGUUUUUCUUGCUGGGUAAGAAACUCUACUAGCUUGAAGUGUCGUUCUUCCCGUGUUCGCAUUCUUCCGGCUUUGGAGAUCCGCUUGACCUAACCAAAAAUGUUUCUCACCAGAACGGAGUACGAUCGAGGUGUAAACACCUUUUCUCCUGAAGGUCGUCUGUUCCAAGUUGAGUAUGCUAUUGAAGCUAUUAAGCUCGGUUCGACUGCUAUUGGGAUAAAGACUAAAGAGGGAGUCGUUAUUGCUGUUGAGAAGCGCAUCACUUCUCCACUCCUGGAGCCAAGCAGUGUGGAGAAAAUUAUGGAAAUCGAUUCCCACAUUGGGUGUGCAAUGAGUGGGUUAAUUGCUGAUGCACGGACCCUCAUAGAACAUGCUCGUGUUGAGACUCAGAAUCAUAGAUUCUCAUACGGUGAACCUAUGACUGUUGAGUCAACUACACAAGCUCUCUGUGAUUUGGCCCUGCGGUUUGGUGAGGGUGAUGAAGAAUCAAUGUCUAGGCCUUUUGGGGUGUCUCUUCUCAUUGCUGGUCAUGAUGAGAAUGGUCCAAGCUUGUAUUAUACAGACCCAUCGGGAACGUUUUGGCAAUGCAAUGCAAAAGCUAUAGGUUCGGGUUCUGAAGGCGCUGACAGCUCUUUGCAGGAGCAGUAUACCAAGGAACUCACUCUGAAAGAAGCUGAAACAAUAGCUCUAUCCAUCCUCAAGCAGGUUAUGGAGGAAAAGGUGACUCCCAAUAAUGUGGAUAUUGCAAGGGUAGCUCCAACUUAUCAUUUGUACCCCCCUUCUGAGGUUGAGGAUGUCAUUAGUCGGUUGCAAUGAGAGAACUACAUAUAUCUUAAAGCUUUUCCAUUGCUCACUUGGGUUGCUUCCUAGAUUUGCAAACUUUUCAAACUGUACUAGCAAAAAUUGGUAAUUAAUUUUUCAAGCAGUUCCUUAAGAUUUAUUUCACUUGCAAAGCCUUUCUCUUUAAUGUUUGGAUUGAUCAUUUGAUUUAUAAACACAUUUCACUUCUACAUUGAGGUUCCACAAUAUAUGAAUUUGGCAGAGACAAUGGAAUCUGUUGUUUUACAACUCCAGUGACGAUGUUUGACUGAACAUAAAGCUAAUCGAUCCAUAUCUAUAAUAAAUUUAUUUUUAGUAAA